AUGGAGGACAAACUGGAGAGCGAGCUGCUGAGCGUGUUCGCGCAGAGCGUGUCGAGCAACUUCGAGGACAUAAAACAGAGCGAAGCGAAAAUCACGGCCCUGUACGAGGACCCCAACCGGGAGAACUACAUCCGGCUGCUCCUCAAGUUUGUCAUGUACCCAUACGAUGAAAAAAAUGAAAAAAAAAAUUUGUACGACGGAGUGCUAAACAGGAACGUAAAAAUAGCAGUCAUGAUAAGCAUAAAAAACUUUGUAAAAAAAAGUGUCCACAGUAACUUAGAAAGUCUAGAGCUGAGUCCCGACUUGAGCAUACAGAUCAAACACUUCUGCAUGCACUUCCUCCUCGAUGUGAACAAUGAAGACAUACAAAGUUUGGAUAAAUAUUUUUAUGAAAUUCUACUCUACUUAUUCAAGUUUAGCAUCUGUGAUGAUUACGAUUACCUCUUGUUUUAUUUAAUCACUCUUUACAUUAGCGAUGGAGGAGCAGACAGUGUGGUGCAACUACUACACAGUGAUGAGAGGAAGAAGGUAGACGAUACAGCUAAAAUAAUCGACUGCAUAAUGCUUUAUGUAAGGAAUAAGGAAAUAAUGGAGAAUCUAACUCAGGACAAUUUCUUUGUUCAGUAUGCUAAAUUUGUAUCCAAUUUGGAAGAAAUUAAAAAUGUUAUUUGUUGUCGUAACAAAUCUCUUAACGAUGAUAUUGUAAAUUAUAUUAACAAUACUAAGAGAGUCUAUAAGACGAAUGACAGACACAGCUUGUUUUUACUAAGCGAUUGCAUCUUGUAUGGUUUACCUGGAGCUGGUGUGGCCAGUCUUUCUAACAUGGUUAGUGUAGUAAAUGUAGUUAGUGCGGUUAGUGUGGACAAUGCUGUUAAUGCAGUUGGUGGAGGAUUGGGAGGAGGAAAUACUCAAUUUGAUUUUCCAGGAAAGGGAACUAUCGCUAACGACUACAAUGGCAAUGUAAAACUUGUACCACUUACCACAGCCAUGACACAUUCCUCCAGUCAUCACAUAAAUACUACUCUCCUGAGGAAAAAAUUCAUCGCCAUGAAAAUAAUUAGAAAAAUAGUUAAAAAGUACAAAAACAAUGAUUAUGUCUCCAAGUAUGAUUUGAAAAUAAUUUUAACUCACAUUGAAUUCCCCCUCACCCUUUACUUUGUUUAUUUGUAUGGAAAAUUUUCUGAAACCAGUGGGUACCUUUCACAAAAGUUAAGCGUUGGAGGAGGGGGUGGUGGUCCAAAUGCAUUACUUGCAGCAGCCAGAACAGAAAUGAAAUCUAGCCAAGUGUAUGUUCAGAUAAGUAACUGCUUCCUCGCCAUGAAUUAUCUCUUACAAAAUAUACAUGUAUAUUUGAAAAUAUUUUAUGCCAUCAUCGGGGUUGACUUACCUGAAUACUUUGAGGAUAAUUUCGAAGUCCUUUUUAACAUUUUUAACAACGUGCUUCUGUAUGAUGUGGGCAUGGUGUGCAAUUUCCUCCCUUACAUGGAGGUACUAUACAAUGCGGUGAAGGCAGACGGGGGAGCCACUACUCCUUCCUCCUACAAUACUUCUGCCAUUUCCACUGUCACAUCGCAGAGCAGCCACACAGGCCAAUUGCCCCCCCCACAAGAACUGUCCAAGCUGAACUCCAAAUUUUUACAAAACGUUUUAAAGUGCAAAGUGAUGUUAGUAGAUGUGAUCAAAAUAAUUUCAGAAACGUAUCAGGAUGAAUCGAAGAAGUAUAUUGUGAAGUUGGUGUUUUCCUUAACCCAGGUUCUUUACUCCGAGACUGAUAGGAAUUUAUUGUGUCACAAUUAUAACUGUCUUGCAUCUACCAUCAAACUUAUUCAUCACAUGAACCUAAACAAAAAUGACUCGAACCCAUACAAAGAUAAACAGUUUCUACAUAAAAUUAUAGAACGAGUUCUACAUCAUAUUAGACUCAAAAGAAUCGAUAUAGAAGAAAUAUUAGAUGCAGAUUUGGACUAUUUCAGAAAUGAUCUGAACAAGGUCAACUCCUUUUCUGUGAGAUCUGCGGCUACUUAUUUUUUAAAAACACUUUGUGAUAAUUAUUUUGAUGCUUGCUUUCCCAUGUUGGAGGUUAGAAUUUUUGCAAGGGACUCUCUCAUGUUCUUUAAUCCUUCUGCCACUUCAUCUGCGGAGAGAGGCGGUGGUGGAGUAGGGGCAGGUGUUGGUUCUACAAGCCUUUCCAACACCACACAGAUGCAAAACCAUUUUGGAAGUCUUCAUCAGGGGGGCAACUCAACGCAGAUUAAUAAUAGUACUGGUAGUAAUAAUAGUGGCAACCCCCACAAUGGUGUAGGUAUCGAUAAAAAUGACCCUUUUUAUGAGGCAUGCAAUUUAGAAUACAAAAUACAACUAAUCACCUGUCUUGGUCAGGUAAAUUUGGCACAAAAUUUUUAUGAACAAAAUGUACAACAUAUUCUUAAAGAAUUCGUUAUGACAGCCAAGAUGAAAUACCCGGAUGUAGACUCCCUGUGCUAUGGCAUCCACGAUUAUGAUUUUACCAGUCGACCUGGAACGAAUUCUAUUAGUGGAGUAAGUCACAACACAAGUGCAGGUGCCAAUCAACACAAAUCUGUGUGGCUUUCCAACGAAGAUCUCUUCAGUAAAAAGAAUACCAUAUACCUCCUCUCCGUUUUAAAAUUCCUCCUAAACAAUAGAAGCAUAUGUAUCGGGUCCAACAAUGCCCUCGACAUAUUUACCUUCCUACAUCACCUGCUCUUCACAGACAAAGUCAUGAUAUACUGCUAUGCCUGUCUUUGCAUGAAUCGAAUUUUAAAUCAGCAAAUAAGUAGCGACCUCGUGCAAAUUAUCUUCACCAAUUGUCUUUCCAAAACACUCACCAGGUUGCUGUUCCUCCUCAAGUACCACGUGCAUGUAAAGAUAUUAAAUGAAUACAUCCUCAUCACCAUUAUGAGGAUUUUCCUUUUGUGCCCGGAAAAAUUAACCAAUUUAUAUGUGCCCCUCCUACUAAUCCUAGAUAAUACAAUAAAAAUAAUUAUUAACGAAUCACACAACCCUCUGUUCAAUCACUACCUCUUUGAGCUACUCACUCUCAUCAUCUCGUUAAUAUACAAAUCGCAACAUGUUAGUAGCAUUAAUCAAGUGGAAGAAGUCGUUAUUUCUACCUUCUCGCAAAUAUUACAAAUGUAUGUACAUGACUUCAUACCCUACAUCUUCCAAAUCCUGUCCAUCAUUGUCGAUAACACAUGCACUGUUCAGAAAAUUCACGUAAAAAUUUUGAGCAACUUGUAUGAAAUGGAUCUGUGGAAAAGCACCGUGGGAAAUGUCAAUGGAAUAAUUUGUGUGUUGAAAAGUUUUUUUAAAAAGUACCAUUUAUUCGAAGAAAUUAUUAAAAAUAACAUGCAGCAACUUUUUAACAUAUAUCAUUAUUGCUUAUCCAAUAAGAAACUUUCCACGGACUCGUUUCAAAUCAUUCUUAUUAUCUUCACGUACCUUCCUGUGGAAGCUUAUAAGACUUUCCUCAAGCCCCUCUUCGUUCUGCUCUUCACAUUUCUGCAACAGUACAAAAAUGACAUUAUGAAAAUUAAAGUCGUGCAUGCGCUCUCCGUCCUGGUGCUCAAGACGGACGUCUCCCUCUUCGUCGACACGGUGGAACAAAUACACGACGGACUCAUCUUCAACGUGCUCAAGAACCUGUACAUGCCCAUCCUGGACAAGCUAAUCAACGUAAACGAAAAGAUUAUUAUCUUCCUGGCCCUCACGAAAAUUAUGAGCAAUGAAAAAAUUCGAGGGGAACCCUUCGUCGUGGAUAUGCUCAGCCUCCUAAACGAAAACAUAACAAAUAAUGAACUCGUUUUGAAGAAGACCAAGGUGCACCAUCAGGAUGUGCAAAAGGACGAGCUGGACAAAAACUUCGAGGUCACCUACGUCAAGCUGCAGAUGAUCAACAAUGAUAAUAUUAACGACACGGUCCUGCGCGACAUCAACAUAAACCUGGAGCUGAAGCAAAAUUUGUACAACUCUGUGUUCAUGCAGAUCUGCCACACCAACGGAUUCUCAAGCAUCCUGCAGCUCUUUUCCAGCUGA